CAAAUUAGGAACAAAAGAGAGAAAACUGAGACACUUCUUUAGUCCUCCUAGUUGUGAUAAAUGUAGAUUACUACUUAUCGUCUUGAUCUGAUCGUGUUAGCGUGUGCUGGGAUAUCUUACCAAACAAGAUCUCUUUUCUCAGUUGUAUAUUAUCCAGAGCCUAUAUAUUUAUGUGUGUAUAUAUAUAUAUAUAUAUAUAUAUAUAUAUAUAUAUUUAUAUAUAUAUAGCUUUUUUUUCAGUAGAAGAGAAAGGUGACUCAAAAUGAGGAUAAAGGAGAAUGAAGGAGUAUCGAUAUCCGCAUCCAGGAACCAUCUGGUUUUCGCUUACUAUGUCACUGGCCAUGGCUUUGGCCACGCCACUCGUGUUGUUGAGGUUGUCAGGAAUUUGAUUCUCGCUGGUCACGAUGUGCAUGUCGUCACCGGUGCUCCUGAUUUUGUUUUCACUUCUGAAAUUCAAUCUCCUCGUCUCUUCAUUCGCAAGGUACUCUUAGACUGUGGAGCAGUUCAGGCAGAUGCGUUGACUGUCGAUCGCCUUGCUUCAUUGGAGAAGUAUUCAGAAACUGCAGUGGUUCCUCGUGAUUCUAUUUUGAAAACUGAAGUUGAAUGGCUCAACUCCAUCAAGGCAGACUUAGUGGUUUCAGAUGUUGUUCCAGUUGCAUGUCGUGCAGCAGCUGAUGCUGGUAUUCGGUCUGUUUGCGUCACCAAUUUUAGCUGGGACUUCAUUUAUGCUGAGUAUGUGAUGGCUGCUGGCAAACACCACCGUUCUAUUGUUUGGCAGAUAGCUGAGGAUUAUUCUCAUUGUGAAUUCCUCAUUCGCCUUCCGGGAUAUUGUCCAAUGCCUGCUUUCCGUGGUGUUAUUGAUGUACCUUUGGUUGUGAGGAGAUUGCACAAAUCUCGCAAGGAGAUAAGGAAGGAGCUUGGAAUUGGGGAAGAUGUGAAGCUAGUUAUCCUCAACUUCGGUGGACAGCCUGCAGGCUGGAAGUUGAAGGGGGAGUAUUUACCUUCUGGUUGGCUGUGUCUGGUUUGUGGUGCUUCUGAUUCCCAGGAGCUUCCACCAAAUUUUAUAAAACUUCCGAAAGAUGCUUAUACACCUGAUUUGAUAGCGGCUUCCGAUUGUAUGCUUGGAAAAAUUGGAUAUGGCACUGUAAGUGAAGCCUUGUCCUACAAGUUGCCUUUUGUCUUUGUACGCAGAGAUUAUUUCAAUGAAGAACCAUUUCUGAGAAAUAUGCUUGAGUUUUAUCAGGGUGGUGUGGAGAUGAUUAGGAGGGAUUUACUAACUGGUAAUUGGAAACCUUACCUGGAACGUGCAAUUAGUUUGAAACCAUGCUAUGAAGGAGGCAGCAAUGGCGGUGAGGUGGCAGCCCGCAUCUUGCAGGAGGCAGCUAUUGGAAAAAACUAUGCUUCAGAUAAGUUUAGCGGCGCAAGAAGACUACGUGAUGCGAUAAUUCUUGGGUAUCAACUGCAAAGGGUCCCUGGAAGGGAUAUCUCCAUUCCUGAUUGGUAUACUUCUGCUGAAAACGAACUUGGUUUAUCUACUGGAUCACCAGCUGCUCGAAAGGAUGAGAGCGACUCUACUUUAAGCAUAUUCACUGAAGACUUUGAAAUUCUUCAUGGAGACCAUCAGGGUCUUCCAGAUACAAUCAGUUUUCUAAAGAGCUUGUCUCAGCUAGAUAUUAAUCUUUCUGAAAAGAAUUCUGAGAAGCGCCAGAUGCGGGAGCGUAAGGCUGCUGCUGGACUUUUCAAUUGGGAGGAAGAAAUUUUUGUGGCUAGAGCGCCUGGAAGGUUAGAUGUAAUGGGAGGGAUUGCUGAUUACUCAGGAAGCCUUGUUUUGCAGAUGCCCAUAAGAGAAGCUUGUCAUGUAGCUGUGCAAAGGAAUCAUCCUAGUAAACAUAGGCUCUGGAAACAUGCCCAGGCUCGGCAAGAUGGUGAAGGAAAGCCAAGGCCUGUUCUACAAAUUGUAUCAUAUGGCUCAGAGUUGAGCAAUCGAGGUCCAACUUUUGACAUGGAUUUAUCUGAUUUUAUGGAUGGAGAUAAACCUAUAUCAUAUGAGAAGGCCAGAAAAUACUUUGCCCGAGAUCCAUCUCAAAAUUGGGCAGCAUAUGUUGCUGGGUCAAUUCUGGUUCUAAUGAAUGAACGUGGUGUCCGCUUUAAUGAUAGUAUCAGCAUGCUGGUUUCAUCUGCAGUGCCAGAAGGCAAAGGCGUGUCUUCUUCUGCAUCAGUAGAGGUUGCUAGUAUGUCUGCCAUAGCUGCUGCUCAUGGAUUAGAUAUCAGUCCAAGAGAUAUAGCUUUGCUGUGUCAAAAGGUGGAAAAUCACAUUGUUGGAGCUCCUUGUGGUGUGAUGGAUCAGAUGGCUUCUGCAUGUGGGGAGGCCAACAAACUGCUUGCAAUGGUGUGCCAGCCAGCCGAGGUGCUUGGGCUUGUUGAAAUUCCAAACCAUAUCCGUUUUUGGGGAAUUGAUUCAGGAAUUAGACACAGUGUUGGGGGUGCAGACUAUGGAUCUGUCAGAAUAGGUGCCUUUAUGGGUCGACAGAUGAUAAAGUCUGCAGCAUCUACCGAGCUUUCUCAGUUGAAGACUUCUAAUGGGCCUGACAUUUUGGAGGAUGGUGUUUCACUGCUUGAAGCUGAAGCAUCACUGGAUUACUUGUGCAACUUGUCACCUCAUAGAUAUGAGGCUCGUUAUGCCAAGGUGCUUCCUGAAUCCAUGCUUGGUGAUGCCUUUUCAAAAAAAUAUGGUAAGCAUGAUGAUCCAGUUACAACAAUUGAUCCCAAGCGUGAAUACGGGGUUACUGCAUCUGCUAGACAUCCUAUAUAUGAGAAUUUCCGGGUCAAGGCCUUUAAAGCUUUGCUAACAUCUGCUGCUUCAGAGGAACAACUUACUUCUCUUGGAGAACUGCUGUAUCAGUGCCAUUACAGCUACAGUGCUUGUGGACUUGGUUCCGAUGGGACAGAUAGGCUGGUGGAGUUGGUACAGGAGAUGCAGCAUGGUACAGGGAAUAAACCUGAAGAGGGGACAUUAUAUGGAGCCAAAAUUACUGGUGGGGGUUCUGGUGGAACAAUUUGUGUAAUUGGUAGAAACUGUCUACGGAGCAGCCAACAAAUUCUUGAGAUUCAGCAAAGGUACAAAGCAGCAACAGGCUAUUUGCCGCUUGUCAUUGAGGGUUCAUCACCUGGUGCUGGAAAGUUUGGAUAUCUGAAAAUUCGCCGGCGCCUCUCUCUCAAACCAAGUAAAUGAUUGUUUUUAGCUAGUUAUAAGUGAUAGGCAUUUUUUUUAAGGACUGUUAUGUCAUCAGGAGCCAUAUUUUACUCGGUAGUUAUGGAUUAUUAUUUAUUUAAAUAAAUUAAUAAAUAAUAAGACGAUUCAUUUCU